GAGAAGAAGAAGAAAUCGCCCUAAAUCGAAACCGAUUUACAAAACGUUUCAUUAUCAUGGAUUCGCAUGCUGUUGUCAAUUGCAUGCUAUUAGCAUUGAAAACUUAUCCAUUCAAAAUCUAUAUCAAUGACAGUAGUGGUGUAAGUGCCUUUAAUCCAAUAGCUGAAUUAAACCUAACAAGUGGACCGACCAUAUUAACAGCUGAGUAUUCGGUGUAUGGAAAUGCACCGACCAGUGCCAGUGCGAGAGAUUUUAUUACUGAUUGCUUUAAACCAUCACCCAGACGACCGUAUGAAAUACCAUGGGAGCAAAAAGCGAUGUGGGCCUUCCUCUUCGGUAGCAUGCUGUUGAUUGCUAUAAUUGGCAAUUGUAUUGUCAUCUGGAUCGUUUUGG